AUGUCCGCUCCGUCGCCUCUCCACCGCCAUCAAUCCUCUCUCGAGGGCGUCAUCGAUUUCUCGGCUGAAGCGCCCUUGGGAACCAACCAGCGUAGCAACGCCAAACCUAGGUUUUAUCGCAUCGUCGAGCACUUUGGUGCUAGUAGUGCUAUCGAUAAUAGCGUCCCACCACUAUACGAGCUACCCCGACUUGUCCGCUGUACCUACGAGUAUGCACUUUCCGACGAGUUUCGAGAUAAUUUCCUGCGGGCCUUCUUUCAGGCUACAGCGCUUUCGUUAACCGGGCAGGGCGAUAACAACGACGGCGACCUCGAUAACCUGGAGGAUUCCCGCUCUCUAUUCUUUGGGUUUGCUAGUUACCUCCUCGACCAUUCCUUCCUACCUAUAGCUCAUAUACUUCCACAUUCCUUAAUAAAAGCAAAUAUGGGCUACAAAUUACUAAAUAAUGCUAUUACGCUUACAUCUUUUAUCUAUAUAGCUUUUAAUAACUUUAAAAUAUUCUUCGAACCUAUCCCAAACCAACAACCGUAUACCUACCGAAUUAAAACUUUCUACCACUGUUGCCUUAUACGGAACCUAGCUUUUCCUAUUAUACGAACGUUUUACCUUACCGAUAAUCGAUUAAUCGAUCCACCUUUGCCUCGGCUACUCGCGGUUCACCGCGCCAUUGCACAUAUUCUACGCCUUUCUAGGGCGGGCGAAUAUAUCGAUAAGUUACUUCAAGAUAUGGAUAAGCAAGGCAUACAGGCAGAUGGGUCGACCGAGCUCGACAAACUAGUAAAGCUUGGUUAA